UGUUAGUCUCACCAUCUUCUUUUCUCGUGGCUGUAGUAGCGCGUGUGGAUACCUUUCCCGUUCUCUGCACUCGCCUUGUUGGGAAGGGGGAAGGACACGCGUCUGGACGCCGCGCUGUCAGUCUUCACUGUCGGUUUUGUCAGCAGUCCCUGCCAGGAACCGACCCUCCGCUCGGCUGGCGUCCGCCCGCGAGCAUAGACAAGACGCUCUGAGGGCGCGGGGGGCUCGCCGAGGGCGGAUCUGAAAGUUUUAAUAAGAAUUUUUAUCGCUUCCCUUUCCCCCUGUCCCCUCUCCCGCUCCGGUGUGAUUCAGUCCCUUCCCCCAUUUUUCCUUGGCAGGUUUAUUUUUUUCUCGUAAUAAUUUUUUCUUUUUUAAUCCGCUAGGUGGGGUUGGAUUUUUUAAUUAUUUUGUUAAUUUUAUUUUACUUGGUUAUACUAAAUUCUACCGCCCAUAGAGACUGGUGUCCCCGGGCGGCCGCUGCAGAGCGCCACCCCGACUCGCGGGGCUGCCAUGGAUCGCACCGGCGGCUCUGGUGGGGGCAACGACUGCAGGCAGACUGAGGAGAGCAAGCCGAUGCUGGGUGAGAUGUCUGCUCUUGAAGUGAAUAAUAUGGGUGCCGCGCCGUGCCGGAGAGCCCUGCUCCACCGCAACGGCAUGAGGUAUAAGCUGCUGCAGGAGGGGGACAUCCAGGUGUGUGUCAUCCGGUACCCCCGGACGUUUCUCAGCAAGAUCCUCACCUCCAAGUUCCUGCGGCGGUGGGAGCCGCACCACUUGAUUCUGGCGGACAACAGCGUUACCUCGGCCACGCCAACUGGGUACAUGGAAAACUCCAUUUCGUACAGUGCUAUUGAAGAUGUUCAACUGCUCUCCUGGGAGAAUGCUCCUAAGUACUGUUUACAGCUCACAGUCCCUGGGGGUACUAUCUUACUGCAGGCUGCAAACAGUUACCUGCGGGACCAGUGGUUCCAUUCUUUGCAGUGGAAGAAGAAGAUUUACAAGUACAAGAAGGUGCUCAGUAACCCUAGCCGCUGGGAGGUGGUGUUGAAGGAGAUCAGGACACUGGUGGACAUGGCACUGACAUCUCCACUUCAGGAUGACUCCAUUCACCAAGCACCACUGGAGAUUGUCUCAAAGCUGUUCUUAGAGAACAACUUAACCACUCAAGACCAUGAGAACAUUAUUGUGGCAACUGCACCUUUGCUGGAAAACAACCAUCCUCCUCCUGAACUCUGUGAAUUCUUUUGCAAGCAUUGCCGAGAGCGCCCACGGUCCAUGGUUGUGAUAGAAGUGUUCACACCAGCGGUACAGAGGAUUCUCAAACACAACAUGGAUUUUGGGAAGUGCCCUCUGUUGCGGCUGUUUACUCAGGAGUAUAUUCUGGCUUUGAAUGAGCUGAAUACUGGAAUGGAAGUGGUGAAGAAUUUUAUUCAUAGCAUGCAUGGUCCAUCUGGACAAUGCCCCCAUCCCAGAGUCCUGCCAAAUAUUGUAGCUGUCUGCUUAGCAGCCAUUUAUUCAUGUUACGAGGAAUUUAUCAACAGUCGAGACAAUUCACCAAGCCUGAAGGAAAUCAGGAAUGGCUGCCAGCAGCAAUGUGACCGAAAGCCUAAUCUGUCACUCCGCCUUCUUCACACAAGUCCUGACCUGGUCUCUCAAGAGGCCAUCUUGACUGAAUCCUGUCUCAAACCAGUUAUUGUCACUUCAAAUGAAAUUCACAUGGAAGUGGAGUGCAACAACACAGCUAAUCAGAAGAUGAUAGCCAACGUUGGCAAUGACAGUGAGCCCAACCUAAUUGACUGCUUGAUGGUCAGUCCUACCUGCAACGCCAUGAGCAUUGAGCUGAGUGCCCAGGCAGACAGGAUCCUUGGCUGUUAUGUUGAAAUUCUCAAGAUGCUGUCAAACUAUGAUGACUGGAGACCAGCUUUGGCCAGCUUGCUUCAACCUAUCCCAUUUCCCAAGGAGGCUCUUGCACACAAGAAAUUCACGAAGGAGCUGAAAUAUGUGAUUCAGAGAUUUGCAGAAGACUUGAGGCAAGAAGUCCACUCAUGCUUGCUGAGUGUGCGGGCUGGCAAGGAUGGCUGGUUCCAGCUCUACAGCCCUGGAGGAGUGGCAUGUGAUGAUGAUGGAGAGCUGUUUGCCAGUAUGGUUCAUAUUUUAAUGGGAUCCUGCUAUAAAACAAAGAAGUUCCUGCUUUCACUGGCUGAAAAUAAAUUAGGACCUUGCAUGCUACUGGCCUUGAGGGGUAACCAGACAAUGGUAGAGAUUUUGUGUUUGAUGCUGGAAUACAAUAUCAUUGAUAAUAACGACACCCAGCUCCAGAUCAUCUCUACCCUGGAAAGCACGGACAUGGGAAAGAGAAUGUAUGAACAGCUGUGUGACAGGCAGAGGGAGUUAAAAGAGCUGCAAAGAAAAGGCGGUCCCACAAGGUUAACACUGCCAUCCAAGUCCACAGAUGCAGACCUGGUCCGCUUGCUAAGCUCGGGAUCUUUUGGAAAUUUGGAAAACCUCAGCCUAGCAUUUACCAAUGUGACAAGUGCUUGUGCUGAGCACCUCAUUAAACUGCCUUCACUCAAGCAGCUGAACCUGUGGUCAACUCAGUUUGGAGAUGCAGGGCUGCGGCUUCUCUCUGAACACCUCACGAUGCUGCAAGUGCUCAACCUCUGUGAGACUCCUGUCACGGAUGCUGGGCUUCUGGCACUUAGUUCCAUGAAGAGCCUGUGUAGUUUGAAUAUGAACAGCACCAAACUUUCAGCAGAUACCUAUGAAGAUCUCAAGGCGAAACUACCCAAUCUGAAAGAAGUAGAUGUCCGCUACACCGAAGCAUGGUGAACUCUCCCUGCUUCUGACUCUUCUCUUUUGCUUCUCAUGGGAAGAAAAAGAUUUUUAAGACAAACAAAGAAAAACAAACCGUAAAGUAACUUCUGGCUAAUCCCUGUAGAGCAGUGAAUCCUGGGACUUGGUGGCAGGAGUUAUGGUUGUGGGGGAGAGCAGUGGUGUUAUGUGUGUCGGGGGGGAUGGGGCAAGCCUGGACCCAGCCAUAUUCUUUCAGAUUUGUGAUUUCAGAAUCCAUGUAAUUUACAUUGGAAAGAAAAAAAAAUAGACUUUUGUAGCAGCAAGAGGAUUAUAAAGAGGAAAAGAACACCUUUGAAUUUUAUUUGGCUUUUUGUUUUAUGCCAU